UUUUAUGAACUUUCUCCUUUACUCUUUACCUAAUUGCAAUUAGCCCUGAACCUUAAGUAACUUCCAUUCCCAUCUUUAAAUACACGUUUUGUUGUAAGCCUUACCCACCCAUCAAACACAUCCUUUCCCUCUAAAACUUUGAAGAAGAAAACCAAAGAUGAGACUUCUUCAAUGUCCACUACCUUGCCAUUUAGAAGAUGAAAAUCAAUCUAACUCUCAUGGCCUUCGAUCCGGGUACUCUUCCUCAUCAUCCUCAUCCUCUCUUACUUCACAGCGAAGUCUUCAAUCCCUCCCUUCUCUCUCUUUAUCCCAACUUGAUCAAAAAACCAAUACCAUACACUACCAGUGUAUUUCCACCCUCAAAGGCCACACCUCCUACGUUUUCUCCCUUGUUCUCAACGGAAAAUAUCUCUAUAGUGGUUCCUCCAAUGAUGAAAUCAGAGUUUGGCCUAGAGAACUUACCAACCACCACCAGAAUUCAGCUGAAAAUAAUAGCAAUAUUGUUGCUACUACAAACGGUGCAGUUAAGUCCUUGGUGGCUUUGGGAGACAAGCUUUUCAGUGCACAUCAAGAUCAUAAAAUUCGUGUCUGGAAGAUUGAUAGCAAUAACGACAGCCAUAAUAAGAGGUACCAAUGUAUAGCCACUCUUCCCACAAUGAACGAUCGUUUCCUAAGGCUCUUAUCAGCAAAAAACUACAUACAGGUACGGAGGAACAAGUCCUGUACCUGGGUCCAUCAUGUUGACACUGUCUCAGCACUUGCCUUGUCAAGUGAUGGAUCCCUCCUAUACUCCGCUUCAUGGGAUCGAACCUUCAAGGUAUGGAGGACCUCCGACUUUAAGUGCCUAGAAUCAGUGGCCAAGGCUCAUGAUGAUGCCAUCAAUGCUCUCGUAGUAUCUAAAGAUGGGUAUGUCUACACCGGAUCAGCUGACAAAACCAUCAAAGUAUGGAAGAAACACCAAGGAGAACGAAAACACUCCUUGGUGGAAACACUACAGAAGCAUAAGUCUGCAGUCAAUGCAUUGGCUAUUAGCAAUGACGGGUCUGUGCUCUAUUCUGGAGCAUGUGAUCGUUCAAUCAUAGUGUGGGAAAGAGAAUCUGGUGAUAGUGGCAACAUGGUGGUGGUGGGAGCACUUAGAGGCCACAGCAAGGCCAUUUUGUGCUUGGCUGUGGUGUCUGAUCUAUUGAUCAGUGGUUCAGCUGAUAAGACUAUCAGGAUAUGGAAGAGGUCAGGUGUUGACAAGAAUUAUACUUGUUUAGCAGUCUUAGAGGGACAUAUGAAACCAAUUAAGUGCUUAACUGCAGCUGUUGAUCCAAACAGUAGUUCUCGUUCUGGUACUUCUUAUUUAGUUUAUAGUGGUAGUUUAGAUUGUGAUAUUAAAUUAUGGAAAAUUUGGGUUCCUUUUCACUGAAUUUUCCAUGUUUUAUGUAGUUUAUUGAAAUUUUGUUACAUAUUGUUUCAAAUGUACAUAGAAUAUGAUUUGAGUAUUUAGACUA